AGGCGCUGCCGCCCUGUCGCUGCCGCUCGCGCAUCCCGGCGCUCUGCGACGAUGCCGCUGGCGGAUCGCAAGGAGAGUGGGCCGCGGUAUCGGAAUCAGCUGGACAAGGACGAUGCCCGGCGCGGUCGUGAGGAGACCACCAUCUCCAUCCGGAAGGACAAGCGCAACGAGCAGCUGCAGAAGAAGCGCUUUGGCGGCCCCGCCGCGAUGAUGAUGCCUCCAGACCAGUCGCAGCAGUCGGUGGGGUCGCAGGCGUGGGCCGAGUCCGACCCGCAGAAGCUGGUCGCUGGCGUGCAGUCAGAGGACCCGAACCAGCAGCUGCCGGCGGUGACGCAGUUCCGAAAGCUGCUGUCGAUCGAGCGCUCGCCGCCCAUCGAGGAGGUGAUCGCCGCGGGCGUCGUCCCGCGCUUUGUGCAGUUCUUGCAGUGCGGCGACAACCCGAUGCUGCAGUUUGAGAGCGCGUGGGCGCUGACCAACAUCGCGUCGGGCACGUCGGAGCACACGCGGGUGGUGAUCGCCAACGGGGCGGUGCCCAUCUUUGUGCAGCUCCUGAUGUCGCCCAACGACGACGUGCGGGAGCAGGCCGUCUGGGCGCUCGGCAACAUCGCGGGCGACUCGCCCGAGUGCCGCGACCUCGUGCUCACGCAGGGCGCGCUGCAGCCGCUGCUCGAGCAGCUGCAGCCCUCGUCCAAGAUGUCGAUGCUGCGCAACGCGACGUGGACGCUCUCCAACCUGUGCCGCGGCAAGCCCCAGCCGCAGUGGCCGCACGUCGUCGGCGCGCUCCCCAUCCUCGCGCAGCUCAUCUUCUCCAACGACGACGAGGUGCUGGCCGACGCGUGCUGGGCGCUGUCGUACCUCUCCGACGGCCCAAACGACAAGAUCCAAAAGGUGCUCGACACGGGCAUCUGCGCGCGGAUCGUGGAGCUGAUGGGCCACCCGCCGGCGAGCGUGCAGACGCCCGCGCUGCGCACCGCGGGCAACAUCGUCACGGGCGACGACAACCAGACGCAGCAGGUGAUCAACUGCGGCGCGCUGCCGAGACUGCUCGCGCUGCUCAACUCGCCCAAGAAGGGGAUCCGGAAGGAGGCGUGCUGGACCAUCUCCAACAUCACGGCGGGCACGCGCGAGCAGAUCCAGGCCGUCAUCGAGUCCAACAUCAUCCCGCCCCUCGUGCUGCUGCUCGCAACGGCGGAGUUCGACAUCAAAAAGGAGGCGGCCUGGUCCAUCUCCAACGCGACGAGCGGCGGUUCGACGGACCAGAUCAAGUACCUCGUCACGCAGGGGUGCAUCAAGCCGCUCUGCGACCUGCUCAUCUGCAACGACCCGCGCCUCGUCACCGUCGCGCUCGAGGGCAUCGAGAACGUCCUCAAGGCGGGCGAGCAGGACGGCGCGGCGACCGGCACAAACCCGUACGCGUCCUACGUUGACGAGGCGGACGGGCUGGAGAAGCUGGAGAAGCUGCAGGAGCACAACAACGAGGACGUCUUCAAGAAGGCGGUGCACAUCCUCGAGUCCUACUUUGGCUUGCUAGAGGAGGAGGACGAGCACCUCGCCCCCACCACCACGCAGCAGGGCUUUGUCUUCCAGGGGGCGCAGCAGCCCAUGGGC